CCCAGCCAGGCCACUCUCAGCCUGGGAUUGUGCCAUCUUCUUACAUACCACGGGACCCACGUGAAGGCCUGUGUCUGAGCAGCUGGGCAGGUGGAGAGCAGAGGCUGCAAUCUAAGCCAUGGAGAGGGAGGUGCAGUCUCCUGGCACAGGGCUGCUGCAUCUGGAAGGGAAAACGGGACGGCCGGGGGCAGCGUUAGCAGUGGCUCAGGGAUUCAGCUGCACCCCCAGAAACCAUCCUGUGCUCCAGUGCCAUGCAAGUUUGGCCCUGCCGUCCUCUGUCAUGUGGAGGGGGAGGGUGGCUGAGCCAAAUUUGAGGGAGUGGCGCUGCACCAGGUGACAAUGCCCACUCAGAGCAGGGAGCCAUGCCCACCCCUGCGGGACAGGACUACUCGUGGUAACCCGCCCGCAGAAGCCCCACGAACUCAAGCCCAUCGACCCGGCUCAGUGCAGACAGACCCAGGGACACAGCUGGCCCCAGCAGCUGGUGUGAUUCUUACAGAGCAAAUCCUUGAUGGGGUCUCUCCCUGCUCCAAGCCAGCUAUAGGACGGAGGUGGUGACAUGGCAGAAGGGUGGGAGACGAGAAUCCCUCACCCCAUCAAAUCCUCCUCUAGAGACCUUUGCUCUCAGCACCAGCUGUGCAGUCCUAGGGGUCGGAGGUUGCUGCAGGGAUCAGCUGUGGGGCCACGAAAGCCAUUGCGAACGCUUAGAUCGUACGUGAAACGAUUCUGGAAGAGCCGGUCCGAACUGAUCAGCAGGAUUCUGCCUCAUGUCUGCCCCGGUGCAGAAGGAGAUGGCGCUCCAGAAUGGGACCCGGAGUCAAAGCACCCAAUGCCUUUACAGUCCCGCUCUGACCCCAGACAGACUUCCGAGAGGGAGAGCCAGCUGCAGCCGGCAAAGCUUUCCAUGUGGCCUGCAGUUGCUGCCAUCCAAGCUGUGGACAGGACGGUGGAUUCCCAUGCCACGCGGUUGCUGACUCUGGAGAGGAGAAUGGGAACAGCUGAGAAGAAAUUAGUCGAUUGUGAGAAAACGGUGAUGCAAUUUGAAAGCCAGCUGGAGAGUAAGUGGGCUGCGGUAGGAACUCUGAUCCAGGGGUAUGGACGGCUGCAGAGGAGGCUGGAGAACAUGGAGAACCUGCUGAAGAACAGGAACUUCUGGAUCCUGAGGCUUCCCCCAGGCACUAGGGGGGAGGUCCCCAAGGUGCCGGUGACAUUCGACGACGUCUCCGUCUAUUUCAACGAGCAGGAGUGGGGGAGCUUAGAGGAAUGGCAGAAGGAGCUUUACAAGAACGUGAUGAAAGGGAAUUAUGAGGCCCUGAUCUCCCUGGACUACGCCAUCUCCAAACCUGACCUUCUAUCCCGGAUUGAACGAGGGGAGGAGCCGUGUGUCGGGGAUCAGGGUCGUUCAGAGGAGAGCGAGAUCCCUGCAGACCCCAGCCCAGAACCCCCCGUUUCUGCAUCAGACAUUUCAUUGUGGAUUAACCAGGAGGAGGAGGAUCCGGGCUGUGGGGGCCAAGGGGUCUCUGGGGAAAAUGAAAUCAGUGGAAGCCCCUGCUCAGAGUUUCAGAUUGUCCCCCCUGCUGCCGUGUCCUGGGUUAAACGAGAAGAGGAGCCGUGUGCGCAGGAUCGGCCGGUCUCUGGAGAAAGCAGAACCCCUGCAGGCCCCAGCCCUGAAUCUCCUGCUCCAGCACCUGGCCUUUCCCCCUGUGUUAAACCGGAGCCAGAGCUGUGUGUGGGGACUCAGCCGGCUUUGGAGCAAAGGGGGCUCCCUGCAGAGCCCAGCGCAGGUGACGAGAUCCCGCUCCAACUUGCAGAGGAGCCUCGUGCCGAGGAGGGGGCGAGGGCCCAGGCCCCCCUGGGGGCGUCCAAAGGGACCAGGGUCCAGAGCCCCGGGGAGGGCCCUGCGGCUCGGCAGAGAAGCGUCCUAGGGAGGUCGGCUCAGGGCAAGAGGGGCAUUGGGGAGCUCAGAGCGGCCGGGGGCCAGCAGAGAGCCGUGGGGGGCGAGCGGCCCGGCCCAUGGCCCGAGCGUGGGAAGUGCUUGGGGCAGAAGCAGUCGCUGCUGAGCCCCAAGAGGAGCCAGCUGGCGGAGAAGCCCGCCAAGUGCAGGGAGUGCGGCGAGAGCGUCGGCCGGGUUCAACGCUGCCUCCAGGACCAGCACAUGCCCCCGGGCAAGCUGCCCUUCACCUGCGCCGAGUGCCAGAAGCGCUUCCGCAAGAAGCGGCCCCUGCUCUUCCCCCCCGGGCCGCACCCGGCCGAGCAGCCCUUCUUCUGCCCCGCCUGCGGCAAGGCCUUCGGCCGGCGGGACACGCUCCUGGCUCACCAGCAGACCCACCUCUGAGAGCACAAGUCCGUUGCGCUGCCUGUGACCAGGGCUUUGUCGCCGCGGGGCACACGCAGCACCAGUGGGCGCCCGCCAUGGGGGGCUGUCCCCCCAGUGCGGAAGGAGCUUCGCCCACCUGUGCCUCCUGGCCAAGCACCAGUGGGUCCCUCCAAGGGCAUUCAGUGUGGACGGGGCUUUGCCCGCCAGGACAGCCUGGCACAGCACCAGAGGACUCGUCUCCUGCACGAGCCUGCCGAGGCCACCGCGGGGCUGGCAGCGGGGAGCCAGGGCCUCUCGGGCUGCACCGGCCCCUGAGCUGGGCUUGGCAACCCAACCCCCAACUGUGCCCACGUGACACGUGUUACAUCCCACCCGUGCCAGGCGAGGCAGAGACCCUCCAGGAAUAGAGUCCCUGGGGAGGGUUUGGGCCAGCUGGGCUGUGGCUGCCCACCCGAGCCCUGCAGAGAAACCAUCUGUGCGGGGACAGGGCUUCCCACAGCUCCGUGGUGGGGAACGUGUCGGGUCGGAGCACUAAGAGGCCCAGCGCCCGCCGGGAGGAGCAGCCGCACUGCUCCUGAGCACGGGGAAGGUUAAACAGGGACACUGAGAAUCCAGGCAGGAGCGUCGCUCGCUGUGGGAACAUCCUUGGUCAUACACCACGAGCCAGCUGGGCUGGUGCAUUCGGGUCCCUUUGCGCACCCCUGUGUUCGGGCAGCACAAAGGGGCCGGAAAGCAGCCAGGUCGGGCCAGCUGAGAAUCCCCGGGCAUGGGGGAGCUCUCGGCUUGUGCACCGACUCCCGUGCCACCAUGGCCCACCCAGCCCUGUACUGGGGGCUCAGCCAAAGCGCCCAGUGCCCCAGCUCUCCCCACUUUGCCCUGAACGCCGUGAGCCCUCCACACCUCUGACUAUCCCCCAGGCAGGGGAUUUGGUGCUUGUGGAAGAUGCCAGGUUAAGCACGGCUGGACAGUGACAGUCUCCAUCCCCAGAGCAGGCCUGGCACGUGUAGUGACCACGCCAGCGUCCCCACCAGGCCCUGCCGUUCUGGGGUGGAUGGGCCGUUCCUAACUGCGGAGACUCCAGUGGGGUCUGGCUCGCACGCUCUGCCUGUUGGUAACUGGACAGUCUGACCAACGGGCUCGGGCAGGUCAUCAAACGAUGUCUGAUGGUAACUUGGUCGGUACUGACCUGGGACCAGGUCACAGGAGUAAAGCGCCAUCCCUUGUGACCAGUCCUCCCUGCUCCCAGCCACUUGGCUGCUCCGAAGUCAUUGAGGCACAAGAUCACGCACAGUGGAGAGGAACCGCGUGCGUGCACCGAGUGUGGGAAAAGCUCCUGGUAUGAGCAUCUCCCGGUUACCUGCCAAGAGUCACAGCAGGACGAGCUCCUCCUCAGGGACGGGCCCCUGGGCCUGCAGCAGGGAAUCAAACCUGGGCCCCUCUGUUCCAAAGCAGAACAGGACUGGUCGCUCAGCCGUUCUGGUUUGACGGUAGAAAUAUCACAGCUGUUACCGGCUCAGAAACAGCUCAGGAAUUUAACUCUUGGCGCUGGGAGAACCCAGCGGGUGUAGUUCUCCACUGCCUUGCACCCUCUGCAGUCUUUUCCCCCGUGCAAAGUGCGUGCAGAACGCUUCCGGAUCAGCUUGCUGCAGCCUCUCCCCCUGGGCCAGUGGAAAUGAGAGCAGAGGGUGCAAGGCUGUGGGGGGACAGGCCAUGAGUUACAGUCAUGGAGGGCAGGCUGUGUCCUGUAGUGGCAGGAGAAUGGAGAACACCGAGGGACUCCUUGUUGGUACAGCGGCCGGCCACAUUGAUGAGAGGAGAAGGGAAGGGGGCCAGCUGGACUGUGGCUUGGUAGUGGAGCAGUUUGCAGGCUUGGCUCCAGAUGGGGAAGGGUUCCACAUGGAGCGGAAGGGGAGAUAGGAGCCAGGUACUGUCCGGGGAUGAUCUUGCUCUUGGAAUUAUUAACAGUAUUUGAAAUUAAUAUGAGAGACCACCAAACACUAAUUUAACCAUAAAUCCCUUUAUUCAGGCCAAAAGGUAUUUUAUACAAUUGUUCUCAAUAUGCCUAACAGCCUCAAGGAUAAGCGGUCACUACACCCAAUACAGUGACAAAGUAUUCACAAGCAUGUGGUCAAUAUAUUUACAAACAGGCCAGACCCAGGGAAAACUCUCAUAUCCUGGCAUGCACAGUCUGAUUAGGUAGGGGCUGACAAUGAGUCCUUUGUGACAAAGUCGGAAUUUUUCAUAAUAUGUUGUCUGAAUAGUGUGUGUGCUUCAGUUUCCCUUCUGUGGUGCAUGGGUAACUAGGUGGUGGGGAAAGGUGACCCUUGUAGAAGACCCAGAGAUCCUGGUGGGACUGAUGCCUGGCUGUCUGGGGCUUGGACCCAGACAAUGGCCCGGCGAUUUGGUAACUAGCAACUAACAACCAGGCCCACCCUCUGCAGGAAGCCAGCAGAUUGUGACCAGCAGGGGAACAAAAGGCCUGCGGGGGAGGCCGGGUGACACUGUUUGCCCAAGAAGAAGAGCAAAGGAUGGAGGAGGGGCUCUUGGGCUGCUGAUAGCAGGACACUUCUGGACUGGGGGCCAGAGAGGGCUCAGGACUGACCAGGCAGACUGUGCUGUACAGCUUUGAGAACUCCGAACUUCCUACGCUGUGGUCCAGACAUCUAAUAAAACCCCUCUGCUUUUA